UCAGUUGUUGUGCCAGCGUGUACGAGUGCGGACUGUGCACGCUCCCCUACAUUUUCGAGAGAACUAAUUCAAAGAUAUUUUUAAUAUUCUCAAAACGAAGACAUUUUCGAACUAUUUUUCAAAAGAAGCGUUUUCCAGUGCUCUCGCUCUCUGUCUAUAAUUUUUUGUUCGUUUUUUUUUUUCGUUGGCUAGUUUUUUGGUGUGUCAUCGAUCAAGCACUACUCUUUGAAAUCGAAAUUCAGAUUCAAAAAUCGCGAAGGUCUUGGCAUCGCGAUCGUUUAGUGUCGUAAUCUUCGCCGCGUUGGACAAAAUAAUAUCUUUUCUCGAAAUUCUGAGUGACAGCUCACUUUCGAGCGACAGUUUUUUGAUUUUUUGGCAAACAUUUAUGACGGCGUGGAAGUGAACAAAUCGAGUCCAGACAAUCAUGAACAUCCCAAGGGUGGUGGAAAGUUGCUAAGUUGCGAUGUUGGCUGGUGGCAGUGGCGGCGAAAGCAGCAACUUUGGCAGCAACACCAUCUCGACCCGGCAGGGUACCACCUCAAAGCGACCGCCCAAGGCCGGCAAGGGCGGGAUGACGGCCAGCAGCAGCAACAGCGCCCGCACCUGUCCAGGUGGCAGCAAAGGAGGCAACAACACGACUGCAAGUGGCACCAGUACAAGUGGCGGUGCCAUGACAACCGUGACGGCGGCAACGACAACCGGCAAGGCGACCGUCAGCCAUGGUCACGGUCGCCACAGGAGUGGACGCAGUGGUACAGCAACCGGAUCCGGAACAGGAACAGGAACCGGUAACGGUAGCGGAACCAAUAAUGGUAGUGGAUCGGCACGUUGCAAUGUUGAUGGAUUCGUUGGCGGCAUCGAAACAUAUCUGGGCUUAAUUGGUUGGCGAAAGAAGUGCCUAUAUACGCUACUGUUGCUCCUAAUGCUGCUGAUUAUCACGAAUCUGGUGCUCACCCUCUGGAUACUCAAAGUGAUGGAGUUCUCAACGGAGGGCAUGGGUCAGCUCAAAAUCGUGCCCGGUGGCAUUCAGUUGUCGGGACAAGCGAUAAUUAUGGACAUGCUGCGCGCCUCCACGAUCCGUUCGCGUCACGGCCAGCCCCUUUCCAUAGAAUCAUCACGUAAUUUUUCAAUCAAUACACGUGACCCGAAUGGCAUGAUUGAGAAUCAUUUAUUUCUGGGACACGAUAAGUUCGAGUGCCUGUCGUCGGGAUUUCGCAUCAACGACACCAACGGACGGAGUUUGUUUUCGGUGAACCGGGAUGAGGUCACCAUCGGUGCCCAUUCCCUGCGGAUCGACGGUGAGGGCGGUGCCGUGUUCCGGGAAUCCGUCCAGACGCCACACAUCCGAGCAGAGCCAGGACGAGAACUGAGACUGGAGUCGCCCACCCGCCAAUUGGAGAUGACGGCCGCCAAGGACAUCAAUUUGCAAUCGCGGGCCGGCGGCAUCGAAGUGGUGUCCCUGGAAGAUGUCAAGUUCCGAGCCUUGGACGGAAGCCUACGUCUGGAAUCCUCAAAGAUCCUGAUGCCGAAUUUAAGGACUGCCCAGCCACCUAUCAUGGGCACUGCCCAGAGCCGGGACCAUAUGCAUCGUGUCUUCCAGCUGUGUGCCUGCUCCAGUGGCAAGCUAUUUCUGGCGGCGCCACACUCCAUAUGUGCCGGCGAUGAUUCCACCGUUUGCAGGUGAUUCCCAUCCCCAAGGAUCAGCAGGAGCGAAGGGAGUAAGCCAGCCACCGGUCACCACCACACUAAUCGUUAAAUAUCCCCCCCAUUAACCUCCUAAAGUGUAACAUAGAUGAAAGGAAAACAUAGUGACAUAUACAUAUAUACCCUGCAUCCUGCGUUCAUAAUUCUUUUGUAUAUCCUGGCUGGAGGAUUUCGUCCUUCGGCCGGUAUUCGAAGAACAAAAUCAAGAGCUUCUUAGACACUUGGAUGUUGUGUACUAGACUAACUAAACGAAAAGGCAAUUCAGAGACAUAGGCAUAUCCUUCAUAGACAUAUACCAAAAUAAACAUAACAUAUAUAUAUAUAUAGAUAUAUCAAGGCACAGGCACUCGUAUUACUAUAUAUUAUAUAAUAACCGAUUUAUAAAUCGGUGCAGCAAGAAAAUCAGUGUAACUGUACUCAACUUCCUUGUGAAAGUGUGCCUACGAAAAUGAUUGAAUAAAGAUCACCGCUUUCCCUUGACUUGAUUGUAAAUAGAUGGAUACAUAAUACCCAGUAAUAGUAAUUGAUAAACUCAUGUAGAUAAUACCCCAAUAUAUAGGUCUAUAUAAAGUAAUCACCACCACCACAACCACUACCGACAGAAUACUCAAUGAAAUGGCAUUAAAACACAAUACGAAGACAAUGAAAUAUCAUUAAAUGAAUCGCAAGAGCUACAUAGUUAUAUGUGUAAUGUUUAAAAACGGAAAGUAAUAGUAUAUAUAAUUAACCAACUAUAAAUAUUAAAUAUUAUAUAUAAAUAUGAGUUCGAACAUGGCUAUGGAUAUGAAAUAUUAAAAUUAUAAAUAAAUACGAAUAUUGAAUAGAGUUGAAAAUAAUGAAAAUUGCCGUUGAAUUUGUCAAGUGUAAGGAUACACACUGAUAUAUAUAGAUAUAUAGAUAUAUUUAUAUAUAAAUAAAUAAAUAAUAUUAAAAUAAUAAAUGUAUAUGUAUCUGUACGUAUGUAAACAUAAUGAGAAAGAAAUGCUUUUAGAGAGGCAUUAAGUUUAAUUUGUUGUUGAAUUUUUUUUAGCACGAUUUAGGAAACAUAAUGUUUAAAAU